AUGCUAUCGUGCACGCUGCGUGAUCCAACUGUGAUCGCCUCAUCAGUCAAUUAUUGGAUUGCCAAUAAAGUGCUCUCGUUCGCAUCCGGCCCCAUACAAAAUAACCUACAACACAUUUUGUGCCCAAUCAUCGCCGACUAUGUGGCAUCUAUUGAGCGUUACCAAAUCAAGAAUAUGUCGUUUGAUGAGGUGAUACCAUCGCAAUAUCGAUCGCUAUUCAAUGAAAGCGAGCCAAUUCUAUUUUAUCGAAUUCAUUCGAUAAGAGUUGCCGAGAAACAUGCCCUGGUGAAUGCCCAACUGGAGUGGAAUGAGACGAACUUGCUUGACGAUUCAGAAGAGAAUCAAGAUUUUUUGAACAAUACGGAUCUGGAGUUGGAGUGGGGUUCAGAUGAGCGUUUCAUUGUAUGGAUCGAUGACUCGGCCAUCAAUGAAGUCCUUGAUCAGAUCGAAUGGGAUUUCGAAUGGAUGCAAGAGCAAAUCGCCGUCAGUAGUCCCACAAUACCGUUGUCUUCUCGUGAAUUUCUCACCACAUUAUGCACAUCGUGUUAUUUCUUAUUGAACGUAUGGGCUAGAGGUACACCGACAGUAACUGCCACAAAUGGCUCUAUUGUUCUGGAAAAGAGAGAUCAACUGAAUUUGCGUGUGGUGAAUCCGGAUCGAAAUGUCACGUCGGUGUUUGUUUCGAUGAUUCUUACAAUAACGGCUGAGUUACGACCCAUUUUCGAUUCGGGUAUUCUGCGAACUCAAGUCCAACUGCUCGAUACGAAUGUAAUUAUGGAAGAGGGUGCUUUUCCACCGUCGUGGUCGUUCUUUGUGCAAGACCUUGUCAGAGGAAUGAUAUUGGACAUGAUGUGGCCUGAGCUGAAGAAGCAAAUCGAAGAGUUGACAUACGGCGAAGGUAUUCGACUAGCCGAAUCGUGCGGUAUGAAUCCGAAAACAAUAAAAAUUCUCAUAGGCGAAGGUCGUGUCGGAGCGUCAGCUCUUCUAUCGCUGCAGAACCUUCAACCGCAACAGUGUGCGAAAGAUAUUAAAAGUGCACUCCCGAAUGCAUCUAAAUUAUUCCCGAAAAGAAGACGUAAACGAAAUUCGAUGAAACGCUAA